AUGCUGAUCUUAAAGUUUCUGGAAACAAACCUUAGUGCUGUUGCCAUCUGUGUAGCAAGAGCUGAAGCAGAUCAAAGGAUUCCACCACCUAAUGAUGCUCACUCAGAGCAAGGUGGCAGUGGCUAUUUCGGCUGGGCUAUCAACAAAGUGUCGGCUUGGCUUGGUUAUGAUGAUGACUCUACUGUUGUUAUGCCAUCAACUUCAGAUCAUCGAGGCAGUGGUAUUGCUGAUUUCUUGGACAAAAUGCCUCCUGAUGAGAAGGAAAGAUUUUACAGCAGCAUUGGAUAUAGCAGCUAUAGAGUCUCAAGUCUUAAACCCAAAGAAUAUGUAAAGACUGUGGUUAGGCUUGUGGUGUGCAAGUUAAGGCUCUUGUUGUCAGGCCAACAAGGAAACAUUGGAGCAGUAGUUCUGCAUGAUUUUGAGAUGCUGUUUGAACAAAGGCCAUCAGCAGAAGCUAUUAAAGUAUUAGCUGAAGUAACCAGAAUUUCGCUCUGGGGUAAACCUACUGACAUUCUCCAGCCUCGACUUAUUCAUGUACUUAAAGACCAGUACUCGGUGCAUAAUCUUGUCGGACAAACAAACAAGUUAUUUCAGUUGGAGUUUGAAACCAACCCACUUGAACGUGCUGCUGAUUUUUCAGUCAAAGCAUAUCUUUGUCCAGUUGAAGUGAAACUGGAUCCACCAACUUUUAUUGAAGUUGGCAACUUUCUAACUGUAGAAGAUCCCAACUAUGUCGACGUGUUGUUGAAGUUUGCUGAGCAGAAACUGGAAGAGUUUCGUCGUCAGGCAACUGAAAACCUUAUGUACUCUCUUGAAAAUCGAAAAGUAGUUCUUCUUGAUUUGAAUCUGAGCUCACCUUGUUUUAUUAUUCCUGAAUUCAACGAAGCAGCAAGUAUGAGAUCGUCUAUUGUCAUAGAUUUUGGUCAUCUCUCGGUGAGGCAGAGGUUUGAUCGUAGGGAAAGUGUUCAAGCCCAUUUAUAUGAUUCAUUGUUGAUGGACAGUGCAUUUGUUCAAUAUGACAUCCGGGUUGCAAAUAUUCGAGUUUUAGUUGUUGACCAUGACGACGAUUGGAAAAAGGCUCUGUCCCUCAAGUGCUCUCCGAUAGAUGUCCUUGUUCCCACAGAAUUGAAUAUCACUGUUUUGCAAUCAAUACAGAGUCACAAUCCCCUUCUUCCCAAACUGCAAAUAAAGUCAGUAAUGCCAUCUUUGAAGAUUCUUGUGUCAGACAAGCAGCUAGGAACAUUACUCAAAGUGUUUAAUUCUUUACGUUUUGGUCAAACUGAGCGACUAAGUCAAAGAAGACUACCAGAGCUGAGUCCUCAAGCCAGUUAUAAACAAUCUUGUACAUAUACUCAAGAUGAUGUUCUGGCCAUUGUGGAAGUCACUGCAAACUCUUCUUCAGAAGUCUUUUCUGCUGAUGACGCGCUCUCAUUUUACUCUGCUGAAGACGACUUUCCAGAUGGAUUCGAUUUUCCCGAUAGAUUUGAUUCACCAGAUAAACAACCAGUCAACCCAUCCACCUUUGUAGGACAGUCUUUCAUUCACUUUGACUUAAGACUGGAUCAGCUACAAAUUGAUUUACGUCAAGUAGAAAGAAACGGUUCAUUGCAAGAUCAUCUCUCCAUUGAUUGCCGUCAUCUGUGUUUUAAAGCUGAUUUUCGUAAGGACAGCUGGCAAGCUCAGUUGAAAUUAAGCGAGGCUACUAUCAGUGACAAAAAGCGGCCAGAUGGACAAGGCCAUCUUAAGUUACUUCUAAGCAGCAGUUGUGAAGAGCUGAUUAUUAUUGAUGUAGCCUGGAUGGACAAGAAAUCAUUUUACUUCACUAAGGCUCCUCAUUGGGGAGAAUGGGAAUGGAUUUUAUUUGUCGCACUAAAUAAUUUACAAAUUCAAGCAGAUCAAGAUGCUUUUUUUGAAAUCAGAGCUGUACUAGAGCGUAUAGGUGAUGCUUGUGAACCCCACAUUCAAGACUCACUUUCAGUCGAAAGCUCUACAGAGAGCAAUGCAGUAAUAGUUUCUGAUUCUAACCAAAGUCUUCUGGACCUAGAGGCUGAUGGAUCAGACAGUUGGCAUGUCAAAGUCCAAUUGGAGAGCUUGAAGGUGCUAGUAGUUGAGAACAAGAGGUGUUUUGCUGUUGUAAAUAUACAUGAUCUUGGUGUAAAAAUGUCUGUCAGUGAGUCAUCGACAGUCAUUGAGGCAAAACUUCAAGGCCUUGAAAUAAUAAGUAAACAUCGCAGUGUCCUCUACAAAAACAUACUGUCUUUGGAUCAGACAGAUGAUAUUGUUUUUGAUAUACAAUUGCGACUCGGGAAUGGAAAAGCAUCAUCACAGGAGAUGUUUAGCAAUGCUUUGACAGCAAACUUUGGUCGACUUAAAAUAAUCUAUCUGCAUUAUUUCUUUAAUCGAGUGAACUUGUUUGCUCGCAGUUUUACCAAUGCUUGGGCACAGCUUGCUAAGACAACAGAGACAGUGGCCAAAUCAGCGCAGAAAACAGUCACUGAACUACAGCAGUCGGGAUCAUCCAUUGAAGUCAGGAUCACUGUAAGUGCUCCAUUGCUUCAUAUUCCAGAAAGUUCUAGGUCACGUAAUGCCUUGUUGUUGAACUUGGGAACAUUCCACAUCAGAAAUUCUUUGACUGAUUAUCACUCAGCUCGUCUUACUUCUUUGUCAUCAGCCAUGUUUGCACAAGAGAAACCUGUUGGGUCGGGAGUUCAGGUUGAGCAUUAUCGACUACAGUUUGAAGAGUUUGGUUUGGUCAGGCAGAUCAAAGAUGGCCAACAUAGAGUGAACAGAGUGCUGUUGAAGCAGCUCAAGUUGGGGAUUGACAUGACUCGCAAUUUGUCAGUUGCAUAUCAAGAUGAAUCUAUACCACUUGUUCAUGUGUGGGGUGAGAUACCAAGCCUUUGUGUCUUGUUAAAUGAGCUUGACUAUCAUGCAGUCAUCACAACAUAUGAAAGGAAUUUGGGGCAAUCGUUUAGUUCUACUCAAUAUGAAGAAAGAGAUGAAGUGCACAGAGACAUGACAGAUAUGGGCAGUGUGCGUCCCACUGUCAAGCUACGAUUGUCUGUUAAAAAUAUGAAGCUAGUUCUAUACACUAACAGUGACCAGCUGCCUUUACGUUUGGCAACCAACCAGAACUAUGGCAACCCGUUUGCUUGUUUCAAGAUAUCAAGCAUCCACCUUAAUGGAGUCAUGUUAGCAGAUGGCGCUCAGAAACUGACUGCAUCCGCAUUAGACGUUUCAGUGCAUGAUACUCGGCCAAAUAGACCAGGAGCUAUAAAACAGAUUCUGAGUCAUGGCAAGGGGAUCCCAUCUGAGACAAAUCCAUUAGUUCCUUCUCUCACAAUAAAGUAUGAAGCAGAGCCAAACAGUGAUCGAAGUGUUGCUGUUGAGUUUGACAGACCACGCAUCUGUUUGUGUGUAAAAUUUCUUUUACGAUUGCAGCAGUUCUUAGAAGAUGAUAUGGAUGAAACAGAGGAGACUGUGAUUGAUGGUAUGCCAAGAAUGAGAACAUCUGAAUUGGGAGAAGCUAAGGUUAAUGCUGCAGAAACCAGUACACAACAUAGGGGUCACUUUGGAAGACGUUUUGCUCAAAGUAUUCGAAAAGUAGCAAGCCAACUGACAUCAGUAGAGGAACAAGCAACAGAUGCUGUACCAAACACAACUGAUGAAAACUGUAUUGUUCCAGAAAGAAAGAGUCGCUGGAGUAGUGUCAGAAAACAUGUUAAUCGCAGUUUUCAUGGAGUUGCUGCUCAUAUAGUCACAGCACCAGGAGGCACUGCACGUUCCCCUGACAUACAAACAAUUCCAGAAGAUGAUGUGAUAAGCAAUAAUGUUGAUGGUCCAUUGCUUUCACGAUCAGUCUCACCUGUGCCACCCAGUCAAACAUCAGCCACACCAUGGAAAUUGUCAUUGCACAUAAAUUGUAAACUGGCUCAACUGACAGUACCCGAGAGAGCAAAAGACAAAGAUUGUCCAGCUCUUGUCAUUCUAUGGGAUAAGUUGACCUUGGAAGCAUUCAAGGAAGCAGGAAAAACACACAUUGCUGCCAGUAUUCAGGACCUGGAGAUGGUUUCUUGUGUCUUGAUUAAACCAGCAGAAUCCAGAGUUCAGGUGUUACGACCAUGCAAAGCUGAAAUUGAAGGUAAUUUUACUACUGCUGAAGAGUCUAUGCUGCUUCGGCUAUUCCAAAUUGAUGUCACUCUUUAUCAUUCUGUGCUGGAAACGAUGAACAGUCUCUUGAAAUCCUACCAGAAGAACACAAACCAAGGUGAAGUUAUUGCUGACAUUUCAUCUGAAGGUGGGGAGGACCUACUGGUUCCUCAAAAGGUCAACCUUGACCGAUGGAAUUCACAAGAGUUUGAGCAAAACACUUCUAUUGCAGAGAGCAGCAAAGACCAGCAACUUGUUGUUGAUGCAGAAAAUAUUUCUGUCACAAUUCAAGUUAAACACACAGAUUUGUAUCGUCCUGUGGUUGUUUUUUCUGCUGCUGUUAAUGCUGAACUACUGAACUGGUCACACUUUCCAACGGCUGGUGCUGACAUUCAUCUUCAAGCUUCAUAUUAUAAUUUAAGUACAGAUGCUUGGGAGCCUCUUAUAGAACCAACUGAAGAUGAAAAUGGUGAAUACCGGAAGUGGAAAAUGUCUUUUCAUCUCAUUCAGUUGCUGAACCAACCAGCUGUCUUUAAGACAGAUGUCAAGGGUGAGGAUGAACUUAUCCAGGAAGCUCUCAGUCUCUCUGGGAGUGAAGUCAGUCUGGCGGGAACUUCAGCAACAAGGAGAGACUCAUUAUAUAGCAUGAGUAACCAUUCAUCGUCACACUCAAGCUUGGGCAGUAGUGUCUUGACAAGAAUCAAUCUUGCUCCCCGUCGGUCAAGCAGCCGCUCCUCAAUGAUCAUUACUGAUGAUCAGCUUAGUUCAGAUGAUACUGAUGGCCCAUUAUCUAGUGGUAGUGAACUAACAAUACCUGGAAGUGUUAUAUGCACCUGCAUUAUUCUCACGUCUACAGAACCUGUUCAUUUGGUCGCAUCUAGUGCAAGUAUUACAACUCUGACUACUGCAUUUGAUGCUUGGUACAAUGAUAAUAGCCAUCCUAAUAGACAGUCAUUGUUUCACCCUUCUGUAGAUGAAAUCCUUAUCCAAAUUGAAAAUUCAUCUGGGCUUAAAACAUCAGUGAUACCUGAAGAGGGUUUGUUAGAGAGUGGUUCAGAAAACUCAAAGUUUGCUGUGGAGUCAAACUCAUGUCUUGCACUGCUCUACAGCCAUACAAAUGGAAGAAUUACUUUAACACCAACAACAGCCAACAAUCCAGUUGGUCAGUAUGAUCACUUUCCUUUGCAACGAGUUGAACCACAAGAGGUUGUUCAUGGUUCAAGUGAUGAUGAGGACUCUGAGAUUGUUGAUGACAUUGAUGAACCACAGCUGAAAAAUGAAGUACAACCUGAUCAAAACAGUGAACUGGGUAAUUGUGUGCUUUCUGAUACUGGCAUUUCAUUAGAACCGAGUAAACAAGUGUCAGACUCUACCUGGGUCACACCUGGAGAAUCAAGUCAAACUGAGUCAAGUGAGAAAUUAUGUGACCCUGAGUUACAGAAGCACAAAUCAGGGACACCAACCAAUAUAGUUUGUCCUAGCAGUGACAUGAUAUUUACUGCAGGUGAUACCUAUCCAAGUUUGGAGAACUUAAAUGAUGUAUUGCACUCUGAAGAUGAAACAGACCAAGAUUGUGAUCCUUUUCAAGGAGUAGGUGAUGUGUUUGAAGAAGAUGUCUUAGACGAUGACUAUCUUGAAGAUUCAACAAUGCAAGAAACUAGUCCAUCCUUGUUUCAGUUCUCAGCACCUGCCUCUCCUCGAAGUCAUAAUAUACACCAGGUUCUUGACAUUAAGCAGUUGUUUUCUCUACAGUUUGAAAAUGCUGAAAGAAUGUCAAAUGUUCCUUUGAACAAGACAUGCUCUACUCUUCUGCCAGUGGGAAAUGCUGACGAAAAUGACCAGAGGUUUGCAGUCUGCGAAGUGGUGUGCAAGCCACACAAGAAAACUGUCCAAAUCAGAUCUCCUUUGCAGAUUGAAAAUCAUCUCUCAGACAAAAUUGAGAUUUUGUAUCAGAUGCCAGAUGACAGCGCAGACGGCUACACACACUCCCUGACUGCUAAUUCUGGUGAAAUCUUGUCAGUUCCUAUUCAUGUAGCUUACAAAGGAAAAAUUUUUCUCAAGCCAUCAGGAUACAAGAAAGGAGCUGAAGCUCUCAUGUGGGUUCCUGAAUCAAAGCAGGCAAGCAGAUUUCUAAAAUUUGAAUCAGAAGAAGGAGAUUUAGCUCCAAUCAUUGUCCAAGUCUCUUGGAAAACAUCUCUUUGUCAAUUCGGGUUUGGAAGAAAGACAUCUUCCACUACUAUUUUACACAUCCACCCACCUGUUGUCAUUGCAAAUCUGUUACCAAUUGACAUUUUGUUUCGUUUAGAGGAUGAAUAUGGUAAAUACCAGAACAUUGCCAAAGGCAAAGAUAAACAUUUGGUGCAAUUUCAUAGAGUCUCUGGUGUGCACACAGUACAAGUUAAGAUUCUUGGGUAUCAAAACCGCGGGGAGUGGGUUGGAGCCUUUGAGUUCAGUAGUGACACAUCCAGCAGUGAAAACAUUUCAUUUAAGGUUGCAUCUGUAUCGGAUACUGGAAAACGAAAAACACUGCAUCUUGGAGUUCAUGUUGUGAAAGAAAUGGGUGUUCGACUCACAGUUUACUGCUGCUAUUGGAUCAUCAACAAGACGACAUUACCUCUAAUCUUUAAGGGGAAAGGAGGAUUCCACCAAAGGUCGAUUGAAAGUGAUGAAGGUGUGUUAUUACUAAGCUUUAGACGCAUGGUUGAGCACAAGUUGAAGUUUAUGUUGCACAAUGCCACUUCUUGGAGUUCUUAUUUUGCCGUCAAGGCUGUUGGUAAUGUAGAUGCAGUGUCUUGUGAACACGAUGAUACCGUAUAUGAUGUCUACGUGACAAUUGAGAUGUCAUACACCUCAUUAACAAAGAUAGUCACGUUGACUCCUCGGUAUGUCGUUCACAACAAAUCGCAGUACACAUUACAAUGUUUAUCACCUCCACGAAAUACUUCAUUUGUGUUGAAGCCAACAGAGUGUCUGCCUUUCUGGCCAACUAAAACAAAACAGAUGCAGCUCCAACUUCUCGGAUCUGACAUCCUAUCAUGGCCAUUUGAUUUCAAUGAGGCCACUUCGUUUCUUCUUCUCCUUCACGAGUCUUUGACCAAACCGGUCACCACCAUUAGUGUCAAUAUACAAGAAGAAGGUGUUGGAAGAAUUAUAGUCCUUGGGCCAUACUAUGCAGGAGCAGCUCCCAUUCGUCUUGAUAAUUUCCUAAGCAGUGCUUCUAUUGAAUUCCAUCAAGCUGACUCUGGUCAGACACACAUACUUCAGCCUGAAAAGUCUAUAAUGUACACUUGGGACGAACCUCUUAAGCCCAAGUACAUUUGCUGGAGACUGGCUGGUUCAAAGGAAGAGAAGAGAAAGCUAUACUGCAUUGAUGGCAAAGGCGAAUUUGUGAUUCCAGUACGACGAAGUACAUUUGUAGCUGCUAGGCAAGUACUGGCAACUGUCACACCACUUCUUCCAACUAUCACUUCUGAGUCUGAAGAAGAUCAAGAUUCAUCAGUUUAUGAUCAAGAUAGUUCAGUUGACGAUGAAACAUCUCGUGGCCGUGAUGAGACGGAUUUGUUUCGACGACGAAAACGGUUACAAGCUGUGCAUUCUGUUGGUCAUUGGGUCAACUUCUUAGAUGGAAGUCAGCGAGCUAUAGUGUUUACUGUUGAUCCAAAGAUUGUCAAGAAAGCUACUCAAGUGGAGCAGUUAGACAAAGCAUAUACAGACCUGUUUGUGUCAUUCAGUGGAGUGUCUGUCUCAAUCAUUGACAGGCAGCCUCGGGAGAUUGCACACAUCAGCACGUUUGGCACUGCAAAUUGGGAAAUUUGCCGUCAAGGUGAAAACAAUGUUGAUACUGAGUGGCAACCACUCAAUGUCCAACUCUCAAACUCAGUUGAAGAACAAUAUGAAAAGCUGCACCAACAAGAUGACAGUUUAUCAUCACACAAGAAACAGCAGGUUGAGGUAUUGUUUGAUGGUGAAAUGCCAGAGAUGGUAAAACCAUAUGCAGGCAAGCUAAGAAGAACAUACAACCCUGGAUUCUGGUACCGCUGGGCUCUGUCUCAAACUCGAUCUGUGAACCAUUUCAAAAUCGGAAGAGUCCAGGUGGAUAAUCAAAUGGAUGACGCAGAAUACCCGGUUGCUGUAUCAGAAUUGAGAUUGCCUUCAGUGAUGACACCUGUUGAGACUAGUUUUGAGGUUGCAUGGAUGAGCCAACAAAUUAACUCUAGUUGUCCUGUGCAGUACAAAAUGAGAGCAAGUAUUGCACCACUUGAAGUAUCACUGGACUUGCGAUUUAUAUAUGCUGUCUGGAGAGCUCUCCAACCCGGCACACAAGAAAACAGAACUGAAAUGAACGAAAUUAGUUGUGAUCUGGAGUCUAUACAGCAAUUAAAGUGGCAGGAUGUUAUCUUUGAAGGAACGUCAGUGCGGAAAAGUUUAGUAGAAUAUCUUCACAUUGAUCCUGCAGAAGUAAAGUUGAACUUGUCUCUUCGGAUGGCAGACUCUCAUCAUAAAGAAGAUACAAGCAAACUGGACAAGCUGCAGCUGUUCAUUGGGUCACUAGGCUUCUCACUACCCUCAUUCGAAGGCGUUGAUCUGUUGUUGGAUUCACUGCAAAGAAUAGGAGUAACAAUGGACACAGAUGAAUGCUGGUCUCUGAUAUUAUCCCAUUACCAACAUCAGGCCUUGUCAAAAGCUUACAAAGCAAUCCUGGGCCUUGACAUUGUAGGCACUUCCUCACUGCGAGGUAUUGUCCAAGACAUGACAUCCUUUUCUGGACCACUUGCUGAUAUUUCUAUGUAUGAUGUCAGAGAAGAUGGCAGCGUCAAGGAUGAUCUAGUCUUGGGUGUGCGAUCAGUUCUAGGGCAUGUUUCAGAUAGGACUGCUUCAAUGGUGAGCAAGACAGCUACCUCAAUAGGUCACAGAAUGGCUUCUCUGACAUUUGACAAGAAGUUCCAACAAAAGCGUCAGACUCAAAUGAAAAAUCUUUCUGGAUCAGUCAAACAUGGUCUUAAAAUGGGUGGUCAAGCAUUGGCAAUGGGUGUGUUUGACGGUGUGACAGGACUAGUUCGGCAACCAGUGCAAGGGGCCAAAAGAAAAGGUGCUACUGGUCUCAUUAAGGGUCUUGGGAAAGGUCUUGUGGGGAUGGUGACAAGGCCAGUUGGAGGCUUGGUGGACAUGGCAGCUAUCAGUCUACGCACAAUUAGAGGAGCUGAAACAGUCGAACCUAAACCCAUCAGACGACCACGUUGCAUCAUCCCAGGAGAAGCAUUGCAACCAUAUUCAGUGCAUCAAGCUGAGCUUCAAUUCGUAAUCAAGUCUCUCAAAGAACCAUUUUGUCAUGGGAAUUAUGUUGUUGACUGCCAACUUGAUCCUCGAACUCUACUUGUUCUUACAACAGAAUUUCUUUUGCUACUGGGUCGUGAUAAUGCAGACCAGGAUUGGGCAAUAGACAAUAACAGUUUAAUUGGUAAAACUGUUCGCUUGUCUGAUCUGUCAAGUGAGCAAGACAAAGCUGUCAGAAUUGAUCCCACUGGCAUACGUUUCUUCCAGGAUGACUGUCUAGAAUCAGUAAUUGUGAUACCUAAUUCUACCAUUUGCAUGGAAUUUGCCAAUCAAGUAAGGCAGCAACUCUGUGGUGACUUAUAAUUGGUAUUCAAAUAGAUUAGACCCAGAAGAUGAUAGAAUCGAGACAGAAAUCACGUGUACUAGUAUUAAGUUAUUCUAGGAACACAGACAAUUUGUAACUUCUUUACCACAUUGUUGUUUUGUAU